AUGGCGGAAGGACGCAGGGAACAACCGCCUCAUCCUCCUCUCUCCUUACCACCGGCCAGCAAGCGGCUUUGCCUUCGCCCCGCACCACGAGGUCCCGGUCCGGGGCCCGGCCACGGCAGCGGUGCGCCCGGCUCCCGGUAUCGCUCCCCGGAGUCCCUCCUGGACUGCGCCGCCAAAGCGGUAGCGGAAAAGUGGGCCUUUGAGAGAGUGGAGGAGCGCUUCGAGCGGAUUCCGGAGCCCGUCCAGCGCCGUAUCGUCUAUUGGUCUUUCCCCCGCAACGAGAAGGAGAUAUGCAUGUACUCUUCGUUUCAGUGCAGGGUAGCCGGCGAGGAAGGUCCGUCGGCGGCUACGGCUGGAACUGGGGGGACGGGGUCCGGAGCUCCGAACGCCGGUGGCGGCGGAGGAGGACCUACCGCCGGUGCCGCGGCCGCCGCCGUGGGGGCAGCCGGAGUAGUGGGGACGGGAGACGGACUCCCUUUCCGCCGGGGAAUCAGGCUGCUGGAAACGGGCUGUGUGGAGAACGUUUUACAAGUCGGCUUUCACCUCAGCGGCACUGUGACUGAGCCGGCCACGGCCUCGGAACCAGAGGUGACCCACAAGGUGGCGAUCAGCUUCGAUCGCUGCAAGAUCACCUCGGUCACCUGUGGCUGCGGGAACAGAGACAUCUUCUACUGCGCGCAUGUGGUCGCGCUCUCCCUCUACAGGAUCCGUAAGCCUGAACAGGUGAAGCUGCGGCUGCCCAUUUCCGAAACGCUGUUCCAGAUGAACAGAGAUCAGCUGCAGAAGCUGGUCCAGUAUCUGAUCACGGCCCACCACACCGAGGUUCUGCCCACAGCGCAGAAACUGGCCGAUGAGAUCCUCUCCUCCAACUCUGAGAUCAACCAGGUCCACGGCGCUCCGGACCCGACCGCAGGCGCCAGCAUCGACGACGACAACUGCUGGCAUCUGGACGAGGACCAAGUCAGGGAGCAGGUCAAACAGUUCCUGUCCCAGGGAGGAUACUACGGCUCCGGGAAGCAGCUCAACUCCAUGUUCGCAAAGGUACGGGAGAUGCUCCGAAUGCGGGACUCCAAUGGCGCCCGAAUGCUAACACUGAUAACGGAGCAAUUUAUGGCGGACCCUCGACUGUCACUAUGGAGACAGCAAGGCACAGGGAUGACCGACAAGUGCCGGCAGCUCUGGGAUGAGCUGGGUGCGCUGUGGGUGUGCGUAGUGCUGAAUCCACACUGUAAAAGCGAGGAAAAGAGCGGCUGGCUGAAGCAGCUGAAGAAGUGGGGAGACAUGGAUGUUUGCCCGCUGGAGGACGGAAACUACGGCAGCGAGCUUCCCAACAUCACCAACGCCCUGCCGCAGAGUAACCUCGCUCAAGACUCUCUGUCCAGACCGAGGCGAACGGUGUUCAGUCGAGCCGUGGAGGCCUGCGACCUCCACUGGCAGGACAGCCACCUGCAGAGGAUCAUCAGCAGCGACUACUACAUGUCUCCAUCCUAUCAGAGAGAGGGCGAGAGCUUGCUCUUCAACCCACAGGGGCUGCCGCUCUGGCUAGACCACGUCCCGACGGCGUGCGCUCGCGUCGACGCCCUGCGCUCCCACGGCUACACCAGAGAAGCCCUGCGAUUGGCUGUCGCCAUCAUCAACACGCUCCGCCUCCAGCAGCAGAGACAGAUGGACAUCUACAAACAUCAAAAGAAAGAGCUUCUCCAGAGAAACGUCACCUCCACCACCAACCUGGAAGGCUGGGUGGGUCAUCCCUUAGACCCGAUUGGUUGUCUUUUUAUCACGCUCACAGAAACUUGCCGCAUGGACGAUGACAACACCAUGGACACUGGAGAAGGUGACCCCAGGCCUCCAGUCUACCACCAUGUACCGGUGUGGGGCUGUCCAGACGGAGGGGAGUCCUACCUGACUCUGGCCUUAGAAGUGGCCCUGAUGGGAAUGGGCCAGCAGAGGAUAAUGCCAGAGGGCCUGUAUGCCCAGGAUAAGGUGUGUCGUAACGAAGAGCAGAUCGUUUCCAAACUCCAAGAGCUGGAGCUGGACGACCUCCUGGUGCAGACGCUUCGGAAGCAGGCCAUACAGCUGCUAGAGGCUGGUCCGUUCAGCGGCCUGGGAGAAAUCAUCCACAGAGAAAGCGUGCCCAUGCACACCUUUGCCAAAUAUCUCUUCUCGGCUCUGCUGCCACACGACGCAGACCUGGCUUAUAAAGUCGCUCUCCGUGCCAUGAGGCUGCCUGUUCUGGAGUCGUCGGCAGGCUCCGGGGACGUGGGGCACCCGCAUCACGGGAUCUCCAUCGUCCCCAGCAGAUACCCACGCUGGUUCACUCUUGGCCACCUGGAGUCGCAGCAGUGUGAGCUGGCGUCAACAAUGCUCACCGCUGCUAAAGGGGACAUGUUGAGACUGCGGACGGUGCUGGAGGUCAUUCAGAAAAACAUCCACUCAUCUUCCCUCAUCUUCAAACUGGCCCAGGAUGCAUUUAAGAUAGCCACGCCCGCCGACAGCCCGCCGGAUAUAACCCUGCUCAAUGUGGCGUUGGAGUUAGGGCUGCAGGUGAUGAGAAUGACGUUGUCCACUUUGAAUUGGAGAAGGAGAGAGAUGGUGCGCUGGCUGGUAACCUGCGCCACUGAAGUCGGUCUGCGGGCGCUAGUGAGCAUCUUGCAGAGCUGGUACACUCUGUUCACUCCGACGGAGGCCACCAGCAUCGUGGCAGCCACCGUCAUGUCCCAUAACACCAUCCUGCGCCUCAGCCUGGACUACCCGCAGCGGGAGGAGCUGGCCAGCUGCGCCAGGACGCUGGCCCUGCAGUGCGCCAUGAAGGACCCUCAGAACUGCGCCCUGUCGGCUCUGACGCUCUGCGAAAAGGACCACAUCGCCUUCGAGACGGCCUACCAGAUCGUGAUCGACGCCGCGUCUACGGGCAUGACGUACUCGCAGCUCUUUACCAUCGCGCGGUACAUGGAGCAUCGAGGAUAUCCGCUUCGCUCGUUCAAGCUGGCGUCUUUGGCCAUGACUCACCUCAACCUGGCCUACAACCAGGACACGCACCCCGCUAUUAACGACGUGCUCUGGGCCUGCGCACUUAGCCACUCCCUGGGGAAGAACGAACUGGCCGCCAUCAUCCCCCUGGUGGUGAAGAGCGUGCACUGCGCCACGGUGCUGUCCGACAUCUUGCGGCGGUGCACCAUGACGGCGCCGGGUCUGGCCGGCAUUCCCGGACGGAGGAACUCCGGGAAGCUGAUGUCGGCGGACAAGGCGCCGCUGCGGCAGCUCCUGGACGCCACCAUCUCGGCGUACAUCAACACCACACACUCUCGACUUACGCACAUCAGCCCGCGCCACUACGGGGAGUUCAUAGAGUUCCUCAGCAAAGCGCGGGAGACUUUCCUCUCGGCGCAGGACGGCCACAUCCAGUUCGCCCAGUUCAUAGACAACCUGAAACAGAUCUACAAGGGCAAAAAGAAACUGAUGAUGUUGGUCCGGGAGCGCUUUGGCUGACCUUAACCCUGCCUCAGAGACCCUGUUCUUGGGAAGUAGUCAAAACUUCUUGGUUUAUUUAAGUGUUUUUUGGGAUUUUUUACUUCUUUAUGUUGAGCCAUUUCUUGACCAAGUCAUAUGGUUUUGUUCUGUUUUUUUUUUUUUUCUUUCUUGAAUGUGAACCAAAAAGUGUUCGCUAUACUUGCUCUACAUACCUGUUAUUGCAAAGGAGAGGACCUAAAGUGUCACAGAAGUAAAAAAAAAAAAGGAAUCAAACCCAUCCAGUUAAUAUUUGGAAUAAUUAGAAAAUCAAAAGAAUGUGAUCAUAAGAGCAAAAGAAAUGUUUGCUUGCUGGUGGCUUAUGACCAUGAUGGAUUGGGUUUGGAGUCUUAGUUGAGGUGAAGAAGGUAAAGAGAACUUCAUAAAGAACGUAGCAGUAGAACAGUGUUGCUGUCAUACCUCGACUGUCAGCUUUAACUUCUGUUAGAAAGAGCCUCUUGUCUCAUUCAGGGCUUCCUAGAGGAGCGAGGACGGACUGCAGAACUACCUGAGUUGGUCUCUCUGAUGAAAAACUCAACAUUUUGAUCAGCUGCACGGGAAAGAUUACGCUUUACAGAGUGCAUGGUUUGAGGAUGACGUCCUGGCUGCUUUCGCUAACACUUUAGCCUUCACGUGUACAACAGUAUGUUCCUGUAUACAGCGUGUCCUUCAUGUCACCCCGUAGGUGGACAUAUGCCAUAUCUGACUGGCUUAAUGUGUUCCUCGUGUCCAGAGAUGCCACUUCGCUGCUACUCGGCUGUUUGUGGCCAAAGGUUUGAAAAGCGUAAAACCUCACCGCUAAGAUCACCGUUUAGCUAGCACACAAUAUAAUUCUGGUAUUUUUAGUUUUGUCACUUGGUGGCACUAAGUUGGCGUUCCUGUGUUUUGUUACAAAACUGUUUGGACCUUGUUCUUGGUUGCAAAUGAGUUUGUCACCCAGAUCCCUUUUUCCAUCACAAGAACAUUCACUAAAACCGAGAGUUUUGUCCACUUGCAUUGUUUAAACGUAGCCGCCUGAGAUUUUACCAGCAAACCGACAGAAGCCAUUGUUUGGGCGGUGGAAUAACAACGAAACCACAUGGCACCCUUAAGCCGUAGCUAAGCUUUAUGGGGGGUAAUACUUUGAGUUAUUGUGCUUUGUGAUGAGAAAACAAAAAUCAAUGCAGAUUGUGAUCUUUGGUUCCUGAGAUAAAUUCUCCAAAUGGAGAAAGUAGCAGAAUCUCCAAACUCUCUAUUUCUUAAAAAAUGUUGCCGUUUUUCUAUUCGUGACCGAAUUGCCUUUUUAUGUUGCGUUUAGCGCCACCCCUGGAGGGGUAGUUGUAUUGCCGUUGUCAGCAUGCACAGCGCUGUCACAAAUCUGAGCUGCGUGGUGGAUUCCAGGGGGAGUCUCAGCAGAACAUAGUGGGUGGGUACUAAUGAGGACAUUUACGUCACCUAGGACUUGGAAAGUCCAUCAGCCUGGAAGGUAAGAGGCUCCAGGGCUUAGAAUUAGCUGGAAAGUCUCUGUUUGACACUAAUAGCCAAAUCCAGGUAGUCGCCCAAAAGUAACCACCAAAAUGAUUCACAUACUAGUUAAAAAAAAAAUUACGUUUUUGAAUCAUGUGUUUAAAGGCAUUGAAACUUAAUACCCCCUUAAAUCGAUUGUGUACAUCUGAAUGUCUCCAGUUAAUGCUAGCGGCGUUGUUGAGCAAAACUCUCUAGGUCCGUUCCGCUCUAGAUUUUAUCCAGCCAGAGUAAAUAAUUUGCUGGUUUUACAUCUUUUUAUAGUUUUUAAUAUUUUCAAAGGAAGAUUUUUUUUUUUUUAGGUUUUGUUGACUAAGAAGAAAGUUUACCAGAAAACAUCUUAAAGUAAAAGAUCGUUCUAUCUCUUUUAGUUAAAUCGUAAGCUUACAUUAGCUAAAGCACCUUUUUGUGAUACUUCAGUGGUUAAAACUUAUUUUGUUAAAAAGUAACCCCAAGAAGCCUAAGUUAAUUGAUGUUGAGCUAAAUUAUUAGAGAUUUGUUACAUAGCAAAGUUAGCAUCUUAUAUGCUAAAAUGUUUUUAUUAACAGCUUUUUGUUUUUGCAAAUUUUACUUCUGCAAAUUAGCCCCAAACGUCUAUAAUAACAGAUGUUCGACUGAAAUGAAACAUUAGUUUUUGGGAGGAUUUAGACUAAAGCUACGUAACGUCCAUAAACUCCAGUUUGUUGUUCUUGUGAUGGAAAAAGCUGUGAGGUGUCCUGUGAAUGCUACUGGCUCUCAACCUUCUUUACUGUGAAGAAAAGUGGCCGCUUCCUCAAGGUCUCAAAGACGCACAGCGAACCCUACGAACCCACAAAAGAGACGAUAUUCAGUCUCAACCCGAUAAGUUCGGUGUAAGUAUUCGAGGCCACACGGCUUGGCACACAAGGUUCUCCUCUCCUGACGAGGGACGUCCAGGUUCUGUGGCAAAAUGUCAUUUUCAGCGGCAGUCCAGCAAGAGCUUGAGUCUUUAACUGAUCAGACUAAAUGUACAAGCACUUCACACAGAUACCUCUUCAGUACGCUCCUGCCUGCUUCAGCAUUUAUUUAUUGAUUGUUUUAGAACAUUUUUUUUUUGUUUUCUUUAAUCACUGAGUUUGAAAUGGUAGACAAGCAGAAUCAGAACCAGACUGUAUUUAAAAAAAGGAAAGAAGAGGCUAAAAAAGUAGAAGGGUUCUGGAUGGAGGGGCGUUUUCCCGUCUGCUUCGACAUUCCAUGAGAGCUACUUUCACCUUCCACCCAGGUAGUCGGUCCCAGCUGCGCCUUUUUUCAGAUCCGGAGGGCUGCAGGUGGACGGAUGGAAAAAGAGGAAAACUGAGGAAAAAAAGGAGAGGAGAGGAAAAAAGGCUAAACUCAGUUCUCAGGGACAUCGCUUAAAGAAACGAAACAAAAUAGUAGCAUUAAGCAUUUAAGAUAUUGUAAAUAAUAAAGUGUCAAUUGAGAAAAUUGUAAAGUUAUAAUUAUUUAUAAUAAGUGUUUGUUUCUCUAUUUUUUUUUUUUUUUCCUUCGGCGGGGUGUACUUGAAUUGUUUUGAACGGGGGAAUUUGAUGCCGUUGUUUUUUUGUUUUUUUUUCGUUUUUCUUAAGAGCAAAGAUUUCAAGGCAUUUCUCAGGUGCUCCUGUGUACAUUAUUUUAGUUUUUUUUUUUUUUUUUUUUUUUUUGCUAUAAUAUGACGUGUCGUUUUUCUUCAGUUUGCAAUGACAAAAGAAAAUCAGUUUUCCAAAUAGAAAGCAAGUUUUUUCCAGAGUUAAGGAAAAAAGGGAGGCGGCAUCCGUUUGUGAACUGAUUUGUACUAAACCUGACUAUGCAGAACCACUUUGAGGGACUCGUCCUGGACAGAAAACGGAGAAGCGAGGAGGACGAGACCUGGUGGGCCGAACCACUAUCAGAGGGGAGGAUGGACGGAAGGGGGGGGGGGAAUGGGGAGCGGAAGCGUGCUUGUAUCGGGUCAAUGCGCCGUCGCCGGCCUGCAUCUGCUGCAACUUCUGGAGGAGGAGGAGAAAAUGAACCAAUGGUAGAAAAUGCCUUUCUGACCAUUCAAUGUACAAAGUUUCCUUUUUUAUUUUUUUGUGUCUUUCUUUAUUUCUGUCCUUUGAUAUCAGGACCCCAAGCCUUUGGUGUCUUCUUUGCGUGGUUACGCUGCAGUGAGACAGAAUGACGCAAAACGUUUGUGUCAGCAGCAGCAGUACCUGAUGGCCUGUUCAUUCAUAAUAGCAUUUUUAGAUCACCCUCCUCAGAGUUAAAAGUUUCCAUAUUCUUACCACUGAUUUUUUUUUUUGUUCCCAGUCGGGGGCGCGUCUUCUAUCAGUCUAGGAUUUGAAGCGAUGCAUUGCGGUGUGUUUAGGGGCAGCUGCUUCCUCCAUCGUCCUACAGCACAGCGACGUAAGUGUGCUGCAGCAGACUUGUGUCCACACAGUCAGCUUAUGCAAAAAAAAAAAAAAAAGUAAAAAUGCAAGGUUUCAACAUCUUAACGUUAAAAGAUUUUCAAAAAAAAAAA